AUGUCAUUGAAUGGCCUUGAUGGAGCUGCGGUCGCCGAAGCGUACCAGGCUGUGCUUGCUGAUGCUGGAGGAUGGUUCCUCCUCAAGUAUGCCAAUCGCGAUACGGUAGAGUUGUUGCAGAAGGGCACCGGAGGAGUCCAGGAGGUCAGAGGUGCUAUUGAAGGAUACGAGGAAAAGUCACCACUGUAUGGCAUGGUCCAAUACCGGCGCAAAAAAGUAAUUCUCAAAUAUGUGCCAGAGGGAACGUCGCGGUUGUUGCAAGUGCGCUUGACCGUCCAAUUCCAGUCCAUCCUAGAAACAUUCACGCCUCAUGACACUGUCUUCUCUUUCACGGUCGCUUCAGAGUUGACUGAUUCUACCCUUGGUCUGAGCACGAUGCUGCUACCGUCUGCAGGUUCAUUGACGUCGUCUACUUCGUCCUUACGACGUCGAAGAUUGGAUGAAAUCACUGAGGAUGCCGAAGAAGGGAAUUCUGAGCCUGAAGAAAAAGUCGUCCACCCGACGCAAGUGGAACAGGAACCUAUCACACCCAAGUAUGGGAGACACGAACUGGAUGAGCUGCCAGCAAGUGCGGUCCUGGCGAAAGCUCUUCUGGCGAAGAGAAAAGAGACUGCCGCUUCGGCCUCUACAGGUCAUAAUGAAGACUCGAUCCGCCUCGAUAUUCCUGUGCCGCCGCCAGCAGCCGCAGUUUCCCACAAAGGACAAUCAUCUCUGAAUCCAACAACCAUUGAAAAGAACUUGGCUAUUACUCCAGAGUCAACACCACCCACUACGAGCGGUGGCGAGCCUGCAAGAGCCCCAGAUUUUGAAACAGCGAGCAAUAUCCUUCUGGAUGCAACAAACCGAGAUCUAACCGAGCCUGCGACGCCACGCCCUCCUCAAUCUCAUCACCUGUCGCCUGCUGAGUCGGAUAGUAUCAGUCAGUGGAGCAGCAAUGUUGCUUCGUACGCUGGGGUGAAACCCAAGAAGAAAAAGCUAGGACCUAGACCACAUGUUGAAGCGACGAAUCGUCCCAAAACGUCGGGCACUGCUGAUAGUAAUCUCGGCGUACGACCAGUCGCAAACCUACCACACAGUAUUCGUGUGAACAACAGGUCUCUACUGACACUUUCUGGUCGCCCCGGAUCACAGCGAUCGACUCGCAGCGUUCCUGGACGUUUCGCAAACUCGAGUCAUUCGUUCAGCGGACCACCACCACUACCUUCGCCAUCUCACAUACAGUCACUCUACAACCCAAUUGAAAAUCGGCCGGCUGCGUCAAGGCCUGCUUCAGUCACUACCGAAGCGUCUGCAGCCACUCCGGAAAAGUUGAGGAUGAUGAAGGCCCUUCAACUUCGCAAACGGAACAUGUUGCUUGCGCAGCGAUCUACUUUGACGUCUGCCACCUCACACGCGCCUACGCCUUCCGAGACAAGCCUCAGUACUAUUUCAUCCUGCAGUGAUUUGUCUACAGUCACUAGUCAAGAGCAGCAUUCAAGUGUCGACGAGGAAUCGAAAUUGGCUGAGUCAUCUUCCACGACGUCUCCUACUUUCAUGACGAACACUUCAGAGGAGCCGUCCACGAAGGCGUCAUCUAUCUCAGAACAAGACGAUAUCUUGAACAAGCGUCGGUCGCUGUCUUCAGCUACUAGCUCAUCGAUCACACCGAAAGCUCCAGCUCGAGAAUUACCUGCACAAGCUCACGAAAAAGUGGCUACUAGUAGACCUUCAAGUAGUCAAGGAUUGGGUAUCCCUGUCUCCUUCAGCCAGCAAUCUGAUAUCUGCAAAGAAAGCACCACUUCUGAUAUCAGACAAGCAUCUGGUGUCAACAUUUCUCCACCGACAACUGCCGCUCCGGAAGCUCCAUUACCAGUACAGCGUCAUGCACCUAAGCCUUUACAGCUGGCCAGGGGUGAUACAUCUGUUUCUGAUGAAUCCUCUGACGAUGAACUCCUCAUGGAUGACAUUGACAAUGCAACUGUUCACGAAGCGAAACCAGUGUCUGUCGCUCGUUCUCCAGUAGUCACCCCCAUCAUAUCAACAAAAGGAAGCUCAGAUAGGCUGCGCGAGAUUGUGACGAAAGCUUCACUCUCCAGCCAGCCACCGAAAUCCAGCCGCGGUAGUACUCCGGAGGGCAGGCGCACUGCCAGCAGAUCCGGCAGCGUUCGCAGUGUAUCCACGGCACUUCCACAAUGGCCACCUGUGCAAGCUGAGCCUAUGCCAGCUCCUCUGACCAAGAAACCAACUCUCGGAACUGGAAUAUCCAAACGCAUUAAGGCUCUGGAGGUCUUGACAGCAAAAGACACAAACGCCUCACAACCUCCUACACCCACGCGAGAGACUUCUGUCGGCAAGUCAGCUUUCUCGUCAUUCAUGAAACGUUCAUCGCUGGUUGGAAACCACAUGAAACCGAACGCCUCAACUGAAAGAUCCCCCCCAAAGAAAACACCGACGAUAGUAUCACUGUACGACCCAGUCAAGCAGACGAACGAUACAAAGGAGUCUCGGCGGCCGUCUAUUGAUAGCUAUGCGCCCUUUCAGAAAGCAGAUACCAUAUCCGUGACCGCAAAAAUUGUCCGAGAUCCUAACAGCAAGCAUCCUCCAAUGUCACCCAGUUCAACUUUCAAUACUCCUCUUAAUCUUUUCCGAAGUCCAUUGAUUGUGGAGCAUGAGAAGCAUGACAAUCUUGAAAGAGAAGACUCAUUUACCUCCAGACAGUCCAACACUAAAAGUCCCACCAGAUCGGAGAGAGGGCGGUUUUCCUUUUCCUCGCACCGUUCAACUUCACAAACCAAUUUACCUCGCUCGGAGUCAAACCACAGCAAGAUUUCAUAUGCCAGCACACAUAAAAAGCAUGGAACGCGGUCCAACAGUGAUGCGGCCUCCUUCACGGAAGAAAAGUCAAAAUCUUCUAGGACAAGUCGGUUGAUGAAAAGGGUGUCAACCUUGACAUCAUCCCGGAGCAAAAUACAGUCGGGCUCGAAGGAGCAGACACAUCCCAACACAAUCCAGGAACAACACGACGAAGACACCAAGGAGCAUUCCGUCCGAGAAUCACUGAUGCACAUUGUUGAUAUUGGGGAUGUUAAUGUCCAAUUCCCUGAAUCUCUCCUGUGGAAGCGCCGUUUCAUGAGGAUUGACGAUCAAGGAUAUCUUAUAUUUUCGCCACCCAUGAAUGAUGCAAGCACAAAAUCUGUCAGCCGGAAGUAUCAUCUCAGCGACUUCAACCGACCAACAUUGCCGGACCUGGAGCGGGAAGAAAUUGCUUGGAGCAUUAUUCUUGAUUUGAAAGACGGAUCAUGCGUGCAGUGUGCAUGCGAAAGCAGGCAGUCCCAGCAAGGCGUGCUGCAAAGUGAGUUCCAGCCAUCUUUUCUAGUAAUAAUCCUCUAA